AUGCUGCGGCAGAACGAGAACAUCAGCCCCAAGGUCUUCAACUUGCUCAUCCGUCAGAUGACGGCACUCCAGCAAGAGAAGCUGGAUGGAGUACAGUUUGUGCCGAACCACGAGGACCCGCUGGACGUGCAGGCCAUCGUUGAAGGACCAACGCAGACUCCGUACGAAGGAGGCACUUACCGCUUGAAGAUUGUGAUUGGCGCCGAGUUUCCGCAGCAGCCACCACGAGCAGUCUUCUUGACGAAGAUCUUUCACCCAAACAUUUCUCAAAAUGGCGAUGUCUGUGUGAACACGCUGAAGAGGGACUGGGACCCACAAAACUGGUCCCUGGCUCAUGUGCUGCAGGUGAUUCGCUGCUUGCUCAUCGUACCUUUCCCGGAGUCUGCUCUGAACGAGGAGGCCGGGCGCCUCUUCAUGGAAAGCUACCACGAGUACUACAGCCACGCAGCCAUGAUGAACCGAGUCCAUGCAGUGACUGCGGCGGAAACCCCUGCCAACUUGGCCAACACCCCGGAGGCAGGCGACAACUCAGAGGACCAGUGGGAUGUAACCGGAGAAUGA